CUUGCAUUCAAGUGAUCGCCAUGCCCUCCCGUCUUCCUUCCCAGGGCACAAUAUAAAUAGCAGGUUCCAGUUGCACCAUUCUUCCCCAGACUGCCAGACAAACAUAGCUUCCUCCUCCUCCUCCUCUCUUCCUGUGUGCGCUCACCGCUACACAGCAUUCACCCAAGAAGCCUAUAUAGGUACAGUGCAACAGCUGCAUAGCGAGCAGGUACGCGUUGCACUACCUGGACACGUAGGUAGCCAGGGCAGGAGCUGAUCCAUGGCAAGCACGGUGGAUUCGCCGACGAGCUCGUGCGUGUCGUCGGACGCGGAGGAGGAGGCUGCGGCGGUGGCGAAGCCGAUGGUGGUGGUGGGGUGCCCGCAGUGCCUCAUGUACGUGAUGCUCUCGGAGGCGGCGAAGGAGCCCAGGUGCCCCCGGUGCAAGAGCCCCUCGCUGCUGCACUUCCUCCACGGCGCACCCGCCGACGCCGACGCCAACGCCAACAGGCAGGGCAACAGGAGCUAAUUAACCAGCUGUUGCUUUGCUACUUGUUGAUCAAACGCUAGCUUCUCCUCUCAUCGUUCUUCUUUGCGACACUCUGUGGUCUCUCUUCUUUACAAUUUGCAUCCAAGUAUUAGCUCGGUCCAUCAUGUUUGUGGCAUCAUUUCGUUCAAGCAGGUAUCAGGAUUCGGCAAGAAAAUCACACAUACGUUCGCUACCUAAUCUUGUCCUGGUCCAAUUGGUUUAGCUUAUUGAUGGAUAUGCCAUGCAUCAUCAUUUAGCCGCGUGCUGUUAUUUUUCAAUAAUUUAGCUGUCUGCACGUCUGUUUCAAAAUUCCCCCUUCUAGUUUGAAUUAGAUCGGAUUUGUUAAAAAUGUCGUUUGCAAUGUACCGUGUGACUAGGGACUCUUCUUGUUCAUCUCUUAAUUGAGUUCCAUGUCAUGUUGACGAUUGCGCA